CAAUUGCAAAAAGUAAAUCAAAAUAAUCAAUUGUUAAUAAAUAUUUGGUUGAAGUUAAAGUUAUUUUUUUUAUUUUUUUCAACUUACUUUUAGUAAUUCACUUUAAUGAGAAGCUAAGCAAAAUAAAUCUAAAUAAAAAGCUAGCAUUUUGAAACUGAAGAUCAUUAACAAAACUUUAAAAAGGAUUAAAUUAAAGCCAAUGAUUUGCAAAACUAGUAAAAUGAAGUUUAAAAAGAGCAUUUUAUCACAGAAAUUCCUAUAGAAACUUAAAGAUAAUUAGAUAGACUCAAAGAAAAACAUAGGAAAAGGAUGUAAGAAGAAAGAGAGAUGUACAAGUAAAGCUAAUAAUAAAUAGAAGUAGACGAAUAUCAAAAGGAAAAUCCAAUGAAAAGCGAAUAAAAAGUAUCCUAGAUUCCAUAAAAAUACUCUAAUCAUGAUAACUUGAGAUAAGAAUCUAUUAACAGUAUAGAAUAUGGAAAACAAAGAAGAUAAAAAAUGAUUUUAGUAAACUUAAACAAGUUACAAAAUAAGUUAAAUUAAGAUGCUUAAAAAAUAGAUGAAACCAUUGAUUUAUUAAGAAUUGAAAUAGUUGAAACCCAAAAAGAAAUUAAAGAAAAAGCUAAAAUUGAAAGAGAAGAGAUGCAAGAAUAUCAUAAUUCAAUGCAUAAAUAGAUAGCAGAUUUGCUUAAAAUGAAGCAUAAUAUUCUGCACAACCAAUAAUAGAUUUAAAUUAGCUAAAUCAAACAGAAGCCGAAAAGAGAAAAAAGAAGUAUAAGUGAGUCCUAAUUAAAGAAACAUAAUAGCUCUUAUUAGAACAAUGAUUUAUUUUAAAAAAUGAAUUUAGUUGAACAAAAUUCUGGUUUUAAGGAAUAAAAAAACGUUCAUAAUUUUAACAGUUUUUAAAAAUCAGAAUAAAUGAUUUCAAAUAUCAGUGAUCAGAAUAAUGAAGACGAGUCCUUGUUUUACAGCGAAGAAAGAAAUCCUUUUAAUUAGGAUGCUAACUAAUACUAUUCUUAAGAUCAGUAUACAUUUAAUCAAAAGCCUCUUUAUGUUAAAAUGGAGGAGAAAUACUAAUCAAGUGUCGUUUUACCUGAAAUCUAGUAAAGAAAUGAUGUAAUAAAAUAAAGAAGUGAAUUCUACAGAAAAAGAAUGGAUCCUAUCAAACUUUUCAAAGAUCAUGAAAAGAUGUAUGAAGGAGUAAAAGAGGAAAAAGAGUAGCAAAGAGCUGAAAAGAUAUUUAAAAAUUAGUAAGAAAUAAGAUAAUAUUCAUAAGAAAGAUACACUUAAAGUCAAACUUAUGUAAAGGUGCUCAACGAAGAGCACUAAAAAAAAGAGAAUUAGAAAAAGAAAGAAAUUAUGCAAAAGGUGCUUCUUUAAAAGCAGAGAAAUUAUUUUCCUAGCAUUUCAGACUCAUCAAGGAUGAAAAGAUCACAGUCCUCAUCUGAAAUUAGUUAGAGUAUAAAUUUACAUUAUAAUGAUUACAGCAAUAAAAAAUAGUCAUAAAUUAACUAUAUUUCCUCCAAUAAUCAUGAAUAAUUGACAGAAAAAGAAAAAAAACUUAUGAGGAUAGAUAAUCAUAAAGAAGACUUAGCAAAUAAAGAAAAAGUUUUUAAAACAAAUGAAGGAUCAAUUGAUUAAUCUCUUUCAGAAAUUAUGCUGGCAUUGAAUUCAGAUAAAUAAACAAGUAUCGAAUAGUAAAUCAACAAGCGAUCAAAGAGGAAAAUAUUAACUUAAAAAUUUCAUGGAGAGCAUUCGCCACUUCCAGAAGUUUUCGUCACAGAUGAUCUUUACUCUUCAGAGAAGAAAAAAAUAUCCAAAGAAAACCAAUCUUAGGAUCUUAUUUAAAUCAGAAGAGAACCUCAAAUUACUACAUCUGCUUUUGAUAUAAAUGUUGAAUAGAAAUAAGAAGUAAGUCAUUAAAACUAAAAUAUUAAUAAAACUAAAUAAGAGCAAAACGCAAAAGAAUAAAAAAAUGAUAACUCUUAGUUAAUAGAUAGUAAAGAUACAAACAUAAACUAAACUAGCUCUAGAUCAAGUAACGCUAUAAAAAGCAGUCCUAUAAAGAUAUAAAAGCAUAAAGAUCAUUAGGAGUAAAGAAAUGAUUUCAAUUUAAAUAACAACAAUGAAUAAACUUCUUUGAGCAAUAAUAGAACUAAAACUCCAAACAUUUAAGUUCCAAAUAAUAAAAAUAUUAUAACAGAAUAAAAAUAAUAAAAAAAUGAAAAAAUUAAAAAUUCAUUUGAUAAUUUGGAAGUUUAAAAAAGUGAAAACAAUUUUAUCUAAAACAAUAAAAAUAUUGUAAUAGAAUAGACUAAAUUAAAUAUAUCUCAUUAGAAAGAUUUAGAAUCUUUCUAAAAUUAAGGAGCAGUGACGAAUAAACCACAAAUUUCUGAUAAAAAAAAUUAAAAUAUUGAUUAAAACUAAAAAAGUUAAAAUAUACCAUCAGCAACAGCUCACUUCUAGUAAGAAGUUAAAGAAGCAAAUAAAAAUGUAAAAUAAAAUUAAAUAACAUAAAAUCAAAAAUAAUUGAAUUCUAAAACUGAUUAAAAAGAUGAUAAAGAGCAUUAAGAUCCUUAAAAGUUAAAUUAUAAAUAAUAAUAACCAAGACAAAACGCUCAUUUAGAUAUGAAGAGAAUUGAGAAAUAAGAAGAAAAUUAAAAAAAGUAAACAGAAAAAAACAAAAAUAUUCCAGAAAUUUAAAUAUUCGAGGAAAUUUAAGACAGAUCAGAUGAAUAAAAUUUGUAAAUUUCAAAAAGAAAAAAACGCUCACCUGAAAAUAUAAUUAAGAGUAAAGCUAGAUCCUAGCAAAAUUUAAAAUCAUAAAAUAAUGUAAACUUAAAGUCUGAGAAUGUGCAAUAAUCUUAAUAAUAACUACAAGAAAACGAAUAAAUUUAACAAUUAUAUAAAUAAUUUAAGUAGAUUAAGAAUAAAUCUGGUAGAUCGGCUAGUGAAAUAACCCAUAAUUAAAAUGACGAAUUAUAGAGCUCUAAAUUAGACUAAUUAAAUCAAAAAAAAUACAAAGAUUAUAUGAAAGAUGUUAAAUAAAAAUAUAAAUUAGAAAGGUAGAUCGAUGAUUGGAAAAAAAUAGACGAAAGUGAGCUACUUAACGACCAAUAAAAAAUAAUAAAAAUUUCAAAAAAAGUUUAAUACUUGGAUACUAAACUGCAGCAAAUGAGAGAUUUAGCUAAAUAAAACAAAAGAAACCAACUAUUUUCAUAAUCAGAGCAGUAAGACGAGGACGCAAUUCUAAUAAAUUCAGUUUAAGCUAAAAUAGCCAUUUUAAAUAAAUUAAAUUGA